UCAGUCGCUCCCGAACAUUCAACACAUCAAUUUGAAAAAAAUAAAAUAAUUUUCUAAUAAAUUUUGUCUUAUCUGGUUGAUAAAGUUUAAAUAACGAUUAUUCUUGUUUAAAAUGAAAUUAAUCGCGGUAGUUGCUUUUCUACUCGUCAUUAAUGUUGUAAAUUCACAAUAUUAUGAAUCUUGUGUGAACCCGACCGGAGUAACCGGAUUUUGUCAGCCGAUAAGAAGUUGCGACAGCUUAUUGAAUAUUUUGAUGCAAUACCGAGGGAGACAAAUUCCAUACGACGUUCGUAUUUUUCUGAGAAGAAGUCAAUGUAAAUAUUAUUUCGAACCAUGGGUUUGCUGUCCAUCUGUGACUGAACAAACGACUGCUGCACCAGUCACAACCGUCAGAAGCACUGUACCAUCAACAGCAAGUAGACUUCCAGAAGCACCAGAAUGUGGAGUUGACGCUGAUAAUCGCAUUUAUGGUGGAGAAGAAACAACCAUCGAUGAAUACCCGUGGUUGGCACAAUUACAAUACAAUAAACCUCGUGGACGAACGGGUUUCCAUUGUGGCGGAAGUUUAAUCAAUCAAAAAUACGUUGUAACUGCUGCACAUUGCAUUGGAAAAGUUCCUUCUGAUUGGGAUCUUGUUAGUGUUCGACUUGGCGAAUGGGACACAACAACAGUUGAAGAUUGUGACGAUUCUUUCUUUAACGAAAGAGUUUGUAAUGAUCCACAUGUUGAUGUUCCCGUUGAAAAGAAAAUUAUUCAUGAAAGUUAUGUAGCAAACUCGAAGAAUCAGCAUCAUGACAUUGCUUUGCUUCGAUUGUCACGAACUGUCACUUAUACUGACUUUAUCAAACCAAUUUGCUUGCAAGUUAAUUCUGAUGUAAGGAAUUUGAAUUUGGAUGGAAAAUCUCUUGAUGUUGCUGGAUGGGGAAAAACUGAAACAUCUUACACAAGUGACAGAAAAUUAAAGGUUGCUGUUGCUGCAUAUCCAAAUUCGAAAUGCCAAGAAGUCUAUUCACGUUCCGGACUCACAAUUUUGGAUAGUCAGAUCUGUGCUGGUGGAGCUCCAGGAAAGGAUUCUUGUAACGGAGAUUCAGGUGGUCCUUUGAUGGAACAUUACGAGUCUGGUCCCAUUCCUUAUUAUUUCCUAGCUGGCAUUGUUUCAUAUGGGCCCAAGAAUUGUGGAACUGAAGACGUUCCCGGAGUCUACACAAGAGUGUCGAAAUAUGUCGAUUGGAUUCAAUCUAAGCUUGAAAAUUGAACAUAAAAAGAUGAUUUGAGAUAUUCAAUUGAUUAAUUGUAAGUUUUGAGUGAAGCUGUUACUUGCUUAAUAGUUUUAUAAUCGCUUCUCAAUUGAAUAAAAUUCAUAACAACAGACUUGUCUAAAUAAUUUAAAGUUUCGCCACUACAAACCUCUUGCAGAUUUUCAUGUUUAACUAACAAUAAAUUGCACAACGCAUGAAGAAUGUCAAACAGUUGAGAGACUAAAGAGUCACCAAGUUUUCUUACGCAU